UGCCUGCGGGGCCUGCGGGGCGCGCUGCCUCCCGACGUGCGACACGAGGCGGCCGCGCUGGUGGCGCUCGCGGGCCCCGUGUUCCUGGCGCAGCUGAUGAUCUUCCUCAUUAGCGUCGUCAGCUCCAUCUUCUGCGGCCAUCUGGGCAGAGUCGAGCUGGACGCCGUCACGCUCGCGGUGUCGGUGGUGAACGUCAUUGGGAUUUCCGUGGGAACUGGCUUGGCCUCCGCUUGCGACACUCUGAUGUCUCAGUCCUUUGGAGGCAAGAACCUAAAACGCGUGGGGAUCAUCCUUCAGAGAGGAAUCCUCAUCUUGCUGCUGUGCUGCUUUCCGUGCUGGGCCGUCUUCAUCAACACGGAGCGCAUCCUCCUGCUUUUAAAGCAAGACCCCGAAGUCUCCAGGAUAGCCCAGAUUUAUGUGAUGAUUUUUAUUCCUGCUCUUCCUGCAGCCUUCCUCUUCCAGCUGCAGACGAGAUAUUUGCAAAGCCAGGGCAUCAUCAUGCCGCAAGUGAUCACUGGGAUUGCAGCGAAUGUGAUCAACGUGGGCAUGAACGGCCUCCUGCUCUAUGCCCUGGACCUCGGUGUCGUAGGAUCUGCCUGGGCAAACACCACUUCCCAGUUCCUCCUGUCUGCUCUUCUUUUCCUGUAUGUGUGGUGGAAAAAAAUUCACGUCGACACCUGGGGAGGUUGGACUUGGGACUGUUUCCAAGAAUGGGGCUCCUACAUCCAGCUGGCUAUUCCCAGUAUGUUCAUGGUGUGCAUUGAGUGGUGGACCUUUGAGAUUGGAACCUUCCUCGCAGGUCUGAUUAGUGUGACGGAGCUUGGGGCCCAGGCCAUCAUUUACGAACUGGCUUCUGCAGCCUACAUGCUGCCCCUUGGCUUUGGUGUGGCAGCCAGUGUCCGCGUGGGCAAUGCCCUGGGCGCGGGGAAUGCUGAGCAGGCCCGGCACUCCAGCGUCACCGUUGUCCUCUGCGCUGGCGUUUGCGCACUCGUGGUGGGCAUUUUACUCGCAGCUUUGAAGGAUGUGGUUGCCUACAUAUUUACCAGUGACAGAGAGAUUAUUUACCUUGUGAGCCAAGUGAUGCCGAUUUUCGCUCCCUUUCAUCUAUUUGAUGCACUCGCAGGCACCUGCGGGGGAGUCCUUCGAGGUACAGGGAAACAAAAGAUCGGUGCUAUCUUGAAUGCCGUUGGUUAUUAUGUUUUCGGUUUUCCCAUUGGAGUAUCUUUGAUGUUUGCUGCUAAACUUGGGAUAAUAGGUCUCUGGUCUGGAUUGAUCAUCUGUGUUUUCUUUCAAGCCCUUUUCUAUCUGGUGCUCAUCUGCAGGACGAACUGGAAGAGAACUGCCGAGCAGGCACAGGUCCGAGCUGGGCUUAAAGGGAUCAAAGAGACCACACCGUCACCAGCAGGAAAGUUCAUUGCCGUGUAAAACUGAUUGCUGAACCAGCUUUGUUUGUAUUUCUCUGUUAGUGUAUUUAAUCUUACCAGUGGGUAUGUAUUAAGUGCCUGUUCAAGUUCUAUCUCAGGUAUGGCCAUACAAGCUUUUAUAAAAUUAAACACCUUAAAACUG